AGCGCGCCCGCGGCUCCGCUCCGGCGCGGCUCCGCUCCGGCCCGACUCCUGCCGCGCCUCGGCCGCCGCCCGCGCCCCCUGCUCCCGGUGGAGGCAGCAGGCGGUGGGGGGACCAUGGCUGACGUCUUCCCGGCCAACGACUCGGCGGCGCCUCAGGACGUGGCCAACCGCUUCGCCCGCAAAGGGGCGCUGAGGCAGAAGAACGUACACGAGGUGAAGGACCACCGCUUCAUCGCCCGCUUCUUCAAGCAGCCCACCUUCUGCAGCCACUGCACCGACUUUAUCUGGGGGUUUGGGAAACAAGGCUUCCAGUGCCAAGUUUGCUGUUUUGUGGUUCACAAGAGGUGCCAUGAAUUUGUUACUUUUUCUUGUCCGGGUGCGGAUAAAGGACCUGACACUGAUGACCCCAGGAGCAAGCACAAGUUCAAGAUCCACACGUACGGAAGCCCGACCUUCUGCGAUCACUGUGGGUCACUGCUGUACGGGCUCAUCCACCAAGGGAUGAAGUGUGACACCUGUGACAUGAACGUGCACAAGCAGUGCGUGAUAAACGUCCCCAGCCUCUGCGGGAUGGACCACACGGAGAAGAGGGGCCGGAUCUACCUGAAGGCCGAGGUCACCGAGGAAAAGCUCCACGUCACGGUACGAGAUGCAAAAAAUCUCAUCCCUAUGGAUCCAAAUGGGCUUUCAGAUCCUUAUGUGAAGCUGAAGCUUAUUCCUGACCCCAAGAACGAAAGCAAACAAAAAACCAAAACCAUCCGUUCCACGCUGAACCCCCAGUGGAAUGAGUCCUUUACGUUCAAAUUAAAACCUUCAGAUAAAGACCGACGGCUGUCCGUAGAGAUCUGGGACUGGGAUCGGACAACCAGGAACGACUUCAUGGGGUCCCUUUCCUUCGGCGUCUCGGAGCUGAUGAAGAUGCCGGCCAGUGGAUGGUACAAGCUGCUGAACCAGGAGGAGGGUGAGUACUACAACGUGCCCAUCCCAGAAGGCGACGAAGACGGCAACACGGAGCUCCGGCAGAAAUUCGAGAAAGCCAAGCUCGGCCCUGCUGGCAACAAACUCAUUAGUCCUGGGGACAGGAGACAGCCUUCCAACAACCUGGACAGAGUGAAACUCACCGACUUCAACUUCCUCAUGGUGCUGGGCAAGGGCAGCUUCGGGAAGGUGAUGCUUGCGGACAGGAAGGGGACCGAGGAGCUGUACGCCAUCAAGAUCCUGAAGAAGGACGUGGUGAUCCAGGAUGACGAUGUGGAGUGCACCAUGGUGGAGAAGCGGGUGCUGGCCCUGCUGGACAAGCCCCCGUUCCUGACGCAGCUGCACUCCUGCUUCCAGACGGUGGAUCGGCUGUACUUCGUCAUGGAAUACGUCAACGGCGGGGACCUCAUGUACCACAUCCAGCAGGUCGGCAAAUUUAAGGAGCCGCAGGCAGUGUUCUACGCAGCAGAGAUUUCCAUCGGGUUGUUCUUUCUUCAUAAAAGAGGAAUCAUUUAUAGAGACCUGAAGUUAGAUAACGUCAUGCUGGACUCGGAAGGACACAUCAAGAUCGCGGACUUUGGGAUGUGUAAGGAGCACAUGAUGGACGGGGUCACGACCAGGACCUUCUGUGGGACCCCGGAUUACAUCGCCCCGGAGAUAAUCGCUUAUCAGCCGUAUGGGAAAUCCGUGGACUGGUGGGCCUACGGCGUCCUGUUAUAUGAAAUGCUGGCCGGGCAGCCUCCGUUUGACGGCGAGGAUGAGGAUGAACUGUUUCAGUCCAUCAUGGAGCACAACGUCUCGUACCCGAAGUCCUUGUCCAAGGAGGCCGUUUCCAUCUGCAAAGGGCUGAUGACCAAACACCCCGGCAAGCGGCUGGGCUGCGGGCCCGAGGGAGAGCGGGACGUGCGGGAACACACCUUCUUCCGGAGGAUCGACUGGGAGAAGCUGGAGAACAGGGAGAUCCAGCCGCCCUUCAAGCCCAAAGUGUGUGGCAAAGGAGCAGAGAACUUUGACAAGUUCUUCACGCGAGGGCAGCCUGUCUUAACGCCACCCGAUCAGCUGGUCAUCGCUAACAUCGACCAGUCUGACUUUGAAGGGUUCUCCUAUGUCAACCCCCAGUUCGUGCACCCCAUCCUGCAGAGCACAGUAUGAAACUCAGCACCGAGAACAGGCGCCUCCCCAGCCCCUGCCCCCUGCCCCCCGCCGCGGGAGAUGGUCCUCAGCCCUAACGUUGGAAGGCCACCGCCUUGUUUCCAGGUGGCGGCCUGAAAACGGUAGGGUUAUUAGUCCAAGCGUGGUCGCCUGUUCGGGGUCUCUCACAACCACGAGCGUCGUCUCGGCGGCAGAUGAUGUCACGCACAGCAUCCAGUUUAACUGUGUAGAGGUCACGUCUGGCGGUAGGUUAACCCUUCCUGGAAGGCAAACAGACUCUGCCCCUCUUGGUGUUUUGGUACAACUUGACACGUUUUCCAGACCCUCUGUUGAUUCUUACCAUCCGGACCCCCCAGCCAGACAUGUUCAAAGGCACCCGCCCCAGUCCAGGGAGCCGGGGGCAUCUCCACCCAAGACAUCUUUGGAAUCAGAGAACGGGGAGCCCAGAGAGCGAGCAGGGCGGGGCCCGGGGGAGGUGGGCCCGGGGCGUCAGGAGACCCGCUGCUCGUGUUCUCUGCCUCGAUGCAAACGGUCCCUAGAGCCCGGGAGGCCGGGAGGAGGCCGGUCCCACCUGCAAAAGCUCACUGUUCCCAGAUGUUGACAGUCGUAACCCACUCACAGUUACGGUCCAGCAGUUACCAGUUUAGAAAAAGAGGGGAAGAAAACCUCAGAUGAGUGUCGGGGGCACCUGUCAUCUUGUACCCUACUUGGCCGAUAACUGUCUCGGUACUUGCAUUUCUUUUUAAGAGGCCAAAUCUUCUAAGGACUCCGCUAAAGGAGCGCGUGAAAUCCUUUGAGGUCAAGGGUAGG